AACUUUUCUAUAAUUCUGCUAAACCCUGACAUAUCAGAGAUAAGGGUAAAGUUUUGUUUUCUGUUGUAUCUUUUGGUCUCUCUGUUCGUCAGAGUAUUUCUUUUUUGUAAGUUCAUCUUUUCGUUUCUUCUUUGUUUAUCUUGUGUUUGUUUCUCGCUUCUCAGGUAAUGAAAUUGUUUCUCUUUCAUAAUAAAAACAUAAUCCAUUCUCUCUUACUUAUUAUCUUUAUCUCUUUCUAAUAGGGGGAAUUUGGUUUCGUUUCGUUUCCUGAAUUAUUAUUUUGGAUAUACACUGUACACAUAUCUUUCAAUAAGUUCUAUUUAACUUUCGAAUUUUUAAUAUAUCUAAUUCAUGUUUAUUAUUGGAUGCAGAAAGAAAAUUAUAUAUACACAUUCAUCCUCAUUCGUUCAGUUCAUCUCUUUUUCUUUUCUCGAUUGUUGGGACUUUCUUUUUACUUUUUUCUUCUUAAGACUUUGUGACAGAGACAUGGCUCAACAUUACGCGAACCAAAACGUCGACACGAGAUACACCAAGAUAUACGUGGGAGGUUUGCCUUGGAAAACAAGAAAUGAAGGUUUGAAAAGCUACUUCCAACAAUUUGGAGAAAUUAUCCAUGUUAAUGUGGUUUGUGAUAGAGAAACGGGACGAUCAGAGGGUUAUGGUUUUGUCACGUUUAGAGAUGCUGAAUCUGCAACGAGAGCUUGCCAGAAUCCAAAACCGGUCAUAGACGGACGAGAGGCCAAGUGCAACCUUGCUUAUAUUGGUGCUAGGGUUAACAAUAACCAAAACGCCCAACAAGUAGAAGUUAUGUACCCAACUGGAACCAGUUUCAGUUUGCACCAGAAUAUGAUCCCUACACACUUUGUUGUUAUUGGACACAACAUGGUUCUUACUGCGUGAACCAACAUGGUCCUUACUACUUCAACCAACCUGGCUUUUGACUUAUGAGCCAUCUCUUUCGUUGUUGUUUGAGACACUAGUUAUUGUUCUUUUUGCCAAACUCAGG